CAUUCAGUUCACGGUCUCACACAAAGUUUAGAGGAUGAGAGGGAAGCAGAGCAGAGAGCAGAGGCAAACACAGCGUGGCUCGGUGUGAAUACGGAGGGAAACGACACAGUGUGAUUUAUGGUUUAGAGAGGUGAAUGAGGUCAGGCAUCCCCUCAGUGUUCUGAGAAAGAGCUAUCUGGGCUUCCUUCUUCCUCCUGCGGGCCGUCCUGUAUCACGUGUCCAGACUGCAUUCAACAGGAUCUACACGUCCUACACUGUGAAUGAGGAGAAGUGAUGCCUCAAGAUAGCUGUUGCAGAUUUUGCAGCAGGGGCUUAUAUAGCUGCAACUGGAAGCACCGAAGUGAAACUAAUAAUAGGAGAAAAUGUGCAUGCUGCUGGUUCUCAGUGGUCACUCUGGUGUCCCUGCUCUCCCUGUGCUGGCUCUACAUCUGUCUGGUUACUUUUAAUGACCAAGAGGAAGUUAACUGGAAGGGCUUCGCAAAACUGAAGCGAUGGGUGAACUGGUUCAUGGUGCUCGUCGUCAUUUCGGCAGUGAUAACCAGCUACUGUGUCCUGCUGCUGCUCUUUGCACUCUUCCAAGUUGCCUUAAGGGAACCGCUCAACUUACACUGGCUGCACAAGAUCUUCUUAUUUUUUGGUGCGUUAUUCAUUGCUCUCGGGAUCACAGGAAUUAGUCUCCAGUGGCGACAAGAAUGGCCAACGGUUUAUCUCUCACUCCAGGCCACAGCUCCUUUCUUGCAGUUUGGUGCUGUUGGGGCGUUGACUCUGCUGAGCUUGUUCGUCUUCCAGGGCUUCCGUGUGGCCAAGGGAAAAUGGUCUAAGUUCCUGAUCGCAGUGAUGUUUGUAGCUGUGUCCACCGCCAUCUUCCUGUGUCCCCUGAUCAUCCAGUCUCCUUGUUUGAUAGAGUGGAGCAAGUUACCUGAAAAACCAAAGCUCAUUGGUCACAGAGGCACACCGAUGCUGGCCCCUGAGAACACCAUGAUGUCAUUCAACAGGAGCAUCGCGUGUGGCGUGACAGCCUUCGAGACAGACGUACAGGUCAGUAAAGACAGAGUUCCCUUCUUGAUGCAUGAUCAUAACUUUUCCGGGUUCUUGCUAAGAACGACAGACGUUAAAGAGAAGUUCCCUGACGCAGACUUCAGCUACAGCAGCAACCUGACCUGGGAAGAACUACAGAGUCUGAAUGCAGGCGAAUGGUUCCUAAAGACAGAUCCUUUCCACACAGUGUCCAUGCUCUCCGAAGAGGAGAGGGAAACAGCCAGGAACCAGACCAUACCGUCCUUACUCGAGCUCCUCGACCUCGCCAAGCAGCACAACAUCUCAGUGAUAUUUGACCUAUAUAGUCCUGAGGAGAAUGACACAGUGGACACAGUCAACACUAUUCUGAGUUCUGGCAUCGACCCAGGCCUGAUCCUCUGGCUUCCUUCAGCAGAAAGAGAAUAUGUACAUAAGACUGCUCCAGGCUUCACCCAGGUCUAUAACAACGAAAGUGAUUUGCCUAUCGAAGGAGGGGGCCACUUGAAUGUGAAAUACAGCAAAUUAAGUACAGAAGAAAUCAGAAAGAUCUACAUUUCAAACCCUGUGUUUGUAUCUGCCAGGGAUCAUCGGAGCAGGAACGUUACAGUGAACCUGUGGGUGGUUAAUGAACGUUGGCUGUUCUCUCUGCUGUGGUGUGCGGGGGCCAGCUCUGUUACCACCAACUCCUGCCACCUCCUAAAAAAGAUGGAGCAGCCUGACUGGGUCAUGUCACGUCUUACAUACACAAUAAUAUGGAUUGCAGUGGACAUUACAUCUAUUCUGAUAAUGGCUGGACUCUACAUCUGCCAGUGGAAAACACAUCACAGGAAUCGCAGCAGAGGGACAGAGAAUAUUUCAGCCUGGAAUGAAAAAGAACUGUUUCCCUUCUUACCCAUCAGGUAGCUCACCAGACUCCAGCAGAUUUUCUGCCCCGACCUACCGCCUUGUCAGCACUGACUGAAUGGUUUGGACCUAAAUCAGGAAGAGAGCAAGUUAAUGUGAAUAACCAUACACUGUGUUUUCAAAGCCAUGAAAAAAUGAAAAUGUUUUUUUUUUUUCAAGAGGCACUGUGCCACUGGAUGGCAGUUUAACUUUUUUAUUUUUUGUAUAAGUCUAACUGGUUAACUGGGUUUUAAUCGUUCUUCUGUUGCUACUGAAAGUAUGAAGCUUUUCUCUGAUUGUAUCUAUGUGUAGAUCUGCACUGGAUUUCCUUUUGGCACUGUGUCAUUUUAUGUUGUUUUAUUCUGUUGUUGUUUUUUCAAUUUAUUACAUUUUUUUUUAUUCAUGGUGUCAUCACUGCAGUUAAGAUGUGUAUCUACUGUAACCUGAGCCAAAAGCAUUACAACUAUUUUCUACACUG